GAGAGAGCAUCACCCACCGGGGAGAGGGGGAGGGAGGGAGCCAGAGAGGGAGCCAUCGGUACCUGCGGCAGGGCUGGGUACUCCGGAACGUCUCCUUCGGCACAAUUUGGCGUGAGCUGGAAGAUUCUGAAGCUCGCUGGCACUCGGAAGCAUUUCUCCCCGUGGCAUCCAGAGCCUUACUCUUUGGGACUGUCCUCAGGCAGAGACUCAGUGGUGGAGAGCAGGAUGGUGAAGAGGGUGGCGAUCGUCGGAGGGGGCCCCAGCGGGCUCUGUGCCAUCAAAGCCUGUCUGCAGGAGGGGCUGGAGCCCGUCUGCUUCGAGAGGACCAGAGACAUCGGAGGGCUCUGGAGGUUUGAGGAGCACCCCGAGGAGGGCCGUGCCAGCAUCUACCGCUCCGUCAUCAUCAACACCUCCAAGGAGAUGAUGUGCUACAGCGACUUCCCCAUCCCUGAGGACUUCCCCAACUACAUGCACAACUCCAAGAUCAUGGAAUACUUCUACAUGUACGCCAGGCACUUUGAUCUGCUCCGACACAUCCGUUUCAGGACCAGCGUGUGCCGCAUGUCCAAGUGCCCCAACUUUGCCACCACGGGGCAGUGGGAGGUGGUGACAGAGAGUGAAGGGAAGAAGGAGACGUCUGUCUUCGACGCCGUGCUGGUGUGCACCGGGCACCACACGGAUGCACAUCUCCCCUUGAGCUCCUUCCCAGGAAUUGAGAAGUUCAAAGGCAACUACUUGCACAGCCGAGACUACAAGGACUGUAAUGAUUUCAUGGACAAGAGGGUUGUUAUCAUUGGGAUUGGGAAUUCAGGCUUGGAUCUGGCUGUGGAGAUCAGCCACACAGCCAAGCAGGUCUUCCUCAGCACCCGCCGUGGCGCGUGGGUCUUCAACCGUGUCGGGGAUCAGGGCUACCCCACAGACACCAUCUUCACCACCCGCAUGAAGAUAUUCCUGAAGUACCUGCUGAGUUCAUCCAUGGUGAACAGAUUGGUGGAGAAGCAGCUGAACGCCAGGUUUGACCACGCACUCUACGGCCUGAAGCCAAAGCACAGGAUCUUAGACCAGCACCCGACUAUCAACGAUGACCUUCCCAACUGCAUCAUUUCAGGCAGGGUGCAGGUGAAGCCAAAUGUCAAGGAGUUCACUGAGACAUCUGCCAUCUUCGAGGAUGGCACCAGGGAGGACAUCGACGCCGUGGUCUUUGCCACAGGAUACACCUUCUCCUUCCCCUUCCUCGAGAGUUAUGUGAAAGUGGUGAACAACCAGAUCUCCCUCUACAAACAGAUGUUCCUCCCUGAACUGGAGAAGCCAACGCUGGCCUUCAUUGGUCUCAUCCAGCCCCUGGGUGCCAUCAUGCCCAUCUCUGAGCUCCAGAGUCGCUGGGCCACCCGUGUCUUCAAGGGGCUGAACCAGCUGCCUUCACGGCACGACAUGGAGGCUGACAUCAGGCAGAAGAAGGAAGAGAUGGAAAAGCGGUACGUGAAGAGCCAGAGGCACACCAUCCAGGUGGAUUACAUCCCCUACAUGGACGAGCUCGCCUCCCAGAUGGGGGUCAAGCCCAACGUGCUGACCCUCUUCCUCACCGACCCCAAACUGGCUCUGGAGGUGGUCUUUGGUCCCUGCACACCCUACCAGUACCGCCUGCGGGGUCCGGGUGCUUGGGGGGGUGCCAGGGAGGCCAUCCUGACCCAGCGGCAGCGCAUCAUCAAACCACUGCAGACACGGCAUGUAGAGAAGCAAGCAGCAGCCUCUGCUAUGCCCUUUGUUUUCAAGCUGGUCGGGGCCGUGGCCGUCCUCGCCGUGAUAUUUGCUUACUUGUAGGUGCCCUGGCUUUGUGGUGUGCCAGGGGGCUGAGCAGCCACACCUUGCCCUGUUGGCAGCCUGACCAUCCCAGUGCUGGCAGGAGCCCCCCUCCUC